AUAGAGAGAAAGAGAGGGAGAGAGACUCAAGUUUCAACAAACAUUUCCGUUGGUGUUGGCCUACCAAGAAACUACAUUUCAAUUCAAAUUAAAUACUGUUUGUUACUUUCAUUUCAUACUACUAGAUUGAUUACAAGAAGAGAACAACGACGCUGCACCACCGUCAACCGCCGCCACCACCACCACCACCACGAUGGCGUUUCCACCAGAGAAUCAGAACCAGAAUGAAAACCCUAACCCUAGCCCCAUCCCUAGUCCUACAUUGAAGAAGAAGAGAGGACCCAGGUGGUCCGAUAUCUGGCUCAAGCACACCAAAUCCAAACCCCUCAGCCCCAUGGUUGUGGCGAUGCAGCUUCACUCUCUUCCUUCUCACAAAGACAAAUCUGACAACAUCAACAACCCCUUAAUCUCCAACUUCUCCAUCAUUGACCGAACCCUUCUUCUUACUGACGAGCUUCUUCUCAGGAUCCUCGCCAAGCUCCCUGAUUCUCAGAGGAACUCGAAUUCCCUCGUUUGCAAGCGCUGGCUCAAUCUCCAGGGUCGCCUUGUUCGCUCAAUCAGGAUCCUGGACUGGAACUUCCUCUUAUCUGGUAGAUUGAUUCACAGGUUCCCUAAUCUCAACCAUGUUGAUUUGGUUCCUGGGUCUUUGAUUUCACCUAAAAGCUCCUGCAUUCUGAUUGGGAAUCGUGUUUUGUCGAUGCAUAUCGAUUCUGGGUCUUCCCCAAAUUGGUGUUUUUGUGAGGAGAAUAUGCUUCCUGUUGAGGUCAUUGAUAAUGGGCUUAGUGCACUGGCUAGUGGGUGUCCCAAUUUGCGCAGGGUUCAGGUUGUCGGUGCCAGUGAGAUGGGUUUGCUGAGUGUGGCUGAGGAGUGUCCUACAUUGCAGGAACUGGAGCUGCAGAUGUGCAGUGACAAUGUGCUUCGCGGGAUCGCGGCGUGUGUGAAUCUGCAGAUCUUGAAACUGGUUGGGAAUGUUGAUGGCUUCUAUAGUUCUGUGGUUUCUGAUAUUGGGUUGACCAUUUUGGCUCAGGGUUGUAAGAGGCUGGUGAAGCUGGAGCUUAGUGGGUGUGAAGGUAGCUUUGAUGGGAUUAAGGCUAUUGGUAAGUGCUGUCAAAUGUUGGAGGAGUUGACCUUCUGUGAUCAUAGGAUGGAUGAUGGAUGGCUUGCUGCACUUUCAUACUGUGAGAAUUUGAAGACCUUGAAGUUUCAGUCUUGUAAGAGAAUUGAUCAGAAGCCAGGGCUAGAGGAGUAUUUGGGUUCUUGUCCUGCACUUGAACGGCUUCAUUUGCAGAAAUGCCAAUUACGGGACAAGAAGAGCAUUGCAGCUAUGUUUUCUGUAUGCAGGACUGCCAGGGAGAUUAUUCUUCAGGACUGCUGGGGAUUGGAUAAUAGCAUGUUCAGUCUUGCAGUUAUUUGCAGGCGGGUAAAAUUGAUUUGCUUAGAAGGAUGCUCAUUGCUAACAACAGAAGGUUUGGAGUCUGUAAUUCAUUUGUGGAAGGAACUUCAGAGUCUUAGAGUAGUCUCAUGUAAGCAUAUCAAGGACAGUGAAAUCUCUCCUGCACUUGCAACCUUGUUUACCACCCUCAAAGAAUUGAAAUGGAGUCCAGACACCAAGUCACUACUUCCAUCAAGACUUGUAGGGAUAAGCAUAGGAAAGAAAGGCGGGAAAUUUUUCAAAAAGACAUGAUUACCUAAAUUCGCCAUGUAGUUGUCUAAUAAAUCUCGGCCAUCGUCUUAUAGCAUGAAUGAAUCAGCUUCUCCUUUGCUAGAAUCAAUUCUGAAACCCAGAAAUUACUUACAAAAGUUUUUCCUCCAGAAUUGAUUCUUCCUUCAGAAUCAAUUGUAGGAAAGGUUUCAAUCAUGCACUAAACUUAUUAUUUUCACUGAUGUUAGUGAAAAUUCUACCAAUGUGUAAUCAAUUUAUUACGGUUAACUUAGAUGUUGACGGUGGAACAUAUUUCCUUUCGUUUCUUCUUCCAUCAGACUAAAGAAGAAGCUUGUAGAUGUAAUUAUGUAAAAGUCGAGUAAAAAUUGGGUUCCUUGUUCCA